AUGUGGACCACAACCACCGGACUCCGGGGCAAGAAGCUCCAUCUCGCCAUUACCUUCACCUCCGUUGUUGUUCGUCAAGGAAUUCCCCCUCUCGAUGGUACCUCCGAGCAUGUCUCCGUUCUGCAGGGUGCUGUCACCGCCUGUUACGAACUCGGUUGUUUCUUCGGUGCUAUCUUCACUCUCAUGUUCGGCCAGAAGACUGGCCGCACCCCUAUCCUGGUUGCCGGUGGUGCUCUGAUGAUCCUCGGUACCGUUAUCUCUACUGCUUCUUUCGGUCCCCAAUGGGGUCUUGGUCAAUUCGUUAUUGGACGUGUCAUCUCUGGUCUUGGAAACGGUAUGGAUACCGCAACCAUUCCCGUGUGGCAGUCUGAAUGUUCCAAGGCACACAACCGUGGUUUCCUCGUUUGCUUCGAGGGUGCCAUUAUUGCCGUCGGAACCUUCAUCGCCUACUGGAUUGACUUUGGUCUUUCUUACGUCGACUCCUCCGUUCAGUGGCGUUUCCCCGUCGCUUUCCAGAUUCUGUUCGCCAUUCUCGUUACCAUCGGUGGUCUUAUGCUACCUGAGUCUCCUCGUUGGUUCGUCAUGCAGGGUCACGACGAACAGGCUAUCGAGGUGCUGGCUGCUCUUAACGACAGCACUGUCGAAUCCGAAGACGUUCUCGCCGAUUACAACAUGAUGAAGGCCGAUCUCAAGUCCCUUGAAGGUGUUCAGGCUAGCAGCUGGAAGGUUCUCUUCACCGGUGGCAAGAGCCAGAACUUCCAGCGUAUGAUGAUUGGUUGCUCCGGUCAAUUCUUCCAGCAAUUCACUGGUUGCAACGCUGCUAUCUACUAUUCCACCCUUCUCUUCAAGAACAACCUGCACAUGACCGGCAAGCUCCCUCUCGUCCUCGGUGGUGUCUUCGCUACCGUCUACGCUCUCGCUACCAUUCCCUCCUUCUUCAUGAUUGAGAAGGUCGGUCGCCGUAACCUGUUCCUUAUUGGUUUCCUCGGUCAAGGUCUCAGUUUCAUCAUUACUAUGGGUUGUCUGAUCGACGACAAUGAGCAGAAUGCCAAGGGUGCCGUCGUCGGUAUCUUCUUGUUCAUUUGCUUCUUCGCCUUUACUACGCUCCCUCUCCCCUGGAUCUACCCCCCGGAAAUCAACCCCCUGCGCACCCGUACCAAGGCCGCCUCUGCUUCCACCUGCAUGAACUGGAUCACCAACUUCGCCGUCGUCAUGUUCACCCCCGUGUUCUCCAGCCAAUCUGACUGGGGUAUCUACCUGUUCUUCGCCCUUGUCAACUUCAUCGCCAUUCCCUUCGCCUGGUUCUUCUACGCCGAGACCGCUGGUCGUGAUCUCGAGGAAGUUGACAUCAUCUUCGCCAAGGCCCACAUCGAGAAGAAGUGGCCCUACAAGGUUGCCCAGCAGCUCCCCAAGCUCACUGUCGAGCAAAUCACCCAGAUGCAGGCCGAGCUUGGUCUCGACUCCACUGAUGAUCUUCGCCGCGCCUCUGAGGCUGAGAAGGCCGAGACUGCCUUGAGCAGUGGUGACAGCGACAGCAACACCAACAACCACACAAAGCACAACGAGUAA